AUGUGCACUCCGGAAGCGUGGCGCGGCGGGGUGGCGCGGUCACCCUCACACGAGUCGGUCACCACAGACUUAUCGUUGUUCAGUGUGUCCUCGGCCGCAUCAGACGCCAGGGUCCUACGGCUGCUAGCGUGCAAGGCAGGCCAGGGGCCAGAUCCGUCUCUCCGUGUUGCCAGCCCAAAUCCAGAUAGCAAAACACUCAAGAGGCCAUCCUCCUCCCUGCCCCUGCAGUCCACGGACAACUGCCGGGAGCUCCUGGCUGGCUGCGCGGCGCUGUGUGCCCAGCUGGGGCUGCGGCGAUCCUUCAGCUGCUCCGAUGUCAGUGCCGCUAAGGAAUCUGCUCAUCCUCUUCGAAGCGCGACUUCGGAGGUGGGCCUGUGCGCGGCGCUGGAGGCGCUGACGCUGAGCGCCGCCUCACGGUCGUGCAGCACGUGGGUCGCCGUGGGAGGUUCACAGCUGCCCUCCCCUCAACGUUCUCAAACGGCUCAACCUCCGCAUCGAUCUCUGCCCAGUGACAAUAAGAAAGUGCGAACAAACUAUAUAAAGAGAAGGUUGCUGACCACAUACAGAGCCUUGGAGAGGAUGUCGCAGUCAGACUUCAACUUGGACAGGCUGGAGGCGGCUGCAGUGUCGGCGGUGGCCAACGCGGUCUCCGGUCCCGGCCCCACAACACUAGCAGUUCCGCAGGCCAAACAUCCACACUCGCGGUUCGUGCACCCCGAAGCGGCCCACCUCGCCUUAACAGCAGCAGAUUUAGAGCGCGAACGAGGCCGCCCCCUCUCCAAGUACGAGAGGAACAUGAUGAUAUUUAACUGGCUACACACACUCGACGAGGCUGCGCCUUUCUAG